CCAGCAGCUGUGCAGAAGGCUGGGAUUUGUCUCCCUCUCUCUCCUGGGCUGAAACACUCAGUCCUGGUUGUGAUUCCUGUGAGGAACAGCAGCAGCAGGGAGUUCUGGAAGCGGCAAUGGAAAACAGCUGGCGACUCUAGCAGGGCGCCUUGCGGGCACUCGGGAAUUUUGGGGCAAGUCAGUCAGUGAGUGAGCCAUCCCUCUUUCUUUUCAGGAGAGAAAAAAAAUCUGGCCACGUUGAUUCUCGGCGAGAGAGCGACUUCUCGAGAUUGUAAUUAACAUCUCCAAGGAAACCAAAAAAAACCCCUGAGGCAUCGGCAUUAAUAAGGGCAGUAGCCAAACAUGAGUGUAUUACCACCUGUCAGAAGAGAUCGAAUCAUACCGGAUCUCCCUUCGUGUUUCACAAAAGAAGCUGCUCUCCAUACCAAGGCCACAUUUAAUCCCAGAGUGAGACGUGCCUGUCAGGACGACCGGACAGGAACAGUUGGGUUGAAGAUUUCCAAGAUUAUCGUGGUUGGAGACUUGUCAGUUGGAAAAACAUGUUUAAUCAAUCGAUUUUGCAAGGACACAUUUGACAAGAAUUACAAAGCGACUAUUGGGGUGGAUUUUGAGAUGGAGCGGUUUGAAGUGUUGGGAGUUCCCUUCAGUUUACAGCUAUGGGACACGGCAGGACAAGAAAGAUUCAAGUGUAUUGCAUCCACGUACUACAGAGGUGCACAAGCAAUAAUAAUUGUGUUUGAUGUCAAUGACAUAGCAUCAUUGGAUCAUGUAAAACAAUGGUUAAGAGAUGCUCUUAAAGAAAAUGACCCUACAUCUGUCCUAUUGUUCUUAGUUGGGACAAAGAAAGACCUUAGCUCAGCUGCCCAGUAUAAUUUGAUAGAGAAAGAUGCCAUCAAAAUUGCCAAGGAAAUAAAAGCUGAAUACUGGGCAGUGUCCUCUCUCACAGGAGAGAAUGUAAAUGAGUUCUUCUUCAGGGUUGCAUCAUUGACCUUUGAAGCUAAUGUAUUGGCUGAGCUAGAAAAGACUGGCCCCAGGAAAAUUGGGGAUGUUGUUCGUAUCAACAACAAUGACACAAACCUGUUUAAAAAUGCAAAGAAAUCCAAGCCUAAUUGCUGUCAAUGACAGAGAGCACACUGCCAGUCUAACAGGUUACAUGUAUGUUGCACUGUAUUCAUUUUUAACCAAAGUUUUGUCACGCCAACAAAAUGUCACCAGCCACUUCCCAAUUGCCUUUAUAAUGCAAAUCAAUGUUAGGAGAUGAAAGAAUAACGCCAUUCAGGAGAAAUGUCCAGCAAGGAACCCUGUCCAUUUGAAAAUAUUGCUGUCAAGCCUUUGCCACAUAUGUUAAUCCUGCAACAUGUCAUAAUCAUCAGUGGAAAUAAAACAUAACACUCCCAUGAACUGCAGCUCACUUGGAUGGUCAGUUGCAUUGAACUCUGUUAUAACCAGGAAGAAAACCAUUGUUGGAGAUUUUGUGCCUUGCACUGUUGACUUAGACCUAAAAAUAUCACUUCUCCAGGACAAACAUAAAAAGCAAGGGUCUGGGAUGGAAAACGCAACAAGGUACCCACUAAAAUUCCUCUUGGGGAAUUUUCCUCAUUUUAUAUACAGUGCAAAACAAGAGGUGGAAAACUAGGCUUUGAGUGUCACAGAUUCUUAAAUGAGCUCAUUCAAUUGAUAUCCAUUUACAACAUUGGAAAGAAAAUUGGAUGAUCUCCCUUACAGGCUGAUUUUCCUGCAUUUGUCUCAACUGAGUAAUCCGUAGCCCCAAGUUCAGGACCUGGGAAAAUACUGUUUUUGACGGUAUGCAAAGACUCCACAAGGUUACAUAAAGCAACACAUAUCAACAGUACUGUAUACCCAAUUGUAUAGCUGAACCAAAGCUUUGUCAUGUUUGUAUGUACUCAGUGCUAAUUGAAGAACUGCAGAGAUGGAGUGUUCAAGUAUUAAGGAGAGACAUUGUUUGCAUGUAUUUCAACACCAGAAUCAUUAAUCCUGCCAGCAAUGCAAGUUUACAUACAAAUGUAAUUAUUGUGUCUAUAAUUUUGAAAUGACUCAGCUGCAUCAUUAUCAACAUAAAAUACAAGGUAUUUCCUUCCUCUGUCCUAAGUUCUAUCCUUUUAUGACACCUGACUUGCAGAUUCAGUCCAGGUAUAAAGGGAACCAGAUAGUGACACCGCUGUUUGCUGGUUUCCAGUGGACAAAAGGAAUAUUUAACCUGUGCCAGCAACCAGACGAAACUUAGUUACACAGGUAGAGACCAACAUUAUGGGUCACUGCCCCUUGACAAAGCCCCAGGAAUUUUGGGACUCUUCCAAAGCAGGCCCAGAUGCAAAGGCAUUCUGACCCUUCCAACAUAUUUUCUUGCUCCCAUAAGAACCAGAUAUCCAUCGGAGAUGUCCUGAUGAAAAAGUCCUUAAGACUUUGUGAGCAGUUGCCUUUCGAUUUAGUGUAUUGUGUCUGUGCCAGCUCAGGAAUGACUGUUCAAACUCUCCAACUCAGUUCUUAUCAUGCUGCCAAUUACUUAUCAAACUUUUUACUAAGGGAUAUUCAUCCUUCAUAUUCACUCUGUCCAGUCCCUCAUAAUUUUGUACAUCUCAAUUAAAUCUCCCACCAGCCUCCUCUGUUCCACAGAAAAGAACUCUAGCCUAUCCAUUUUUUCCGAAUAGCUAAAAUUCCUUAUUCCUGACAACAGGCUUAACAUUCACCCCUGUCCCUUUCAGUGUGAUCCUGUUUAAUACAAUAAACAGAACUCUGUGUAGUACUCAGUGUUCCCCAGUUAAUUUUGUAUACUCUCAAGAAGCUUGCUACCAUCCAGGAAAAAGCAGCUUGCCUGUUUGGCAUUCCAUCUACCACCUUAAAUACUCAGUCCUACCACUCUGAUGUGCAUUAGCUAUGGUGUGUACUGUCCAGUUGAUGGACGACAGCAAUCCUUCAAGACUCAUUUGACAGCAACAUCCAAACGUGUAACCUCUGCCAUCUACAAGGACAAGCUGGUACACGUGAACACCAUCAACUGAAACCAUACACCAUCUUGAUUUAGAAGUACAACAGCGUUCCUUCACACUUUCUGGACCAACAUCCUGGUACCCUCUCCCUAACAGCAUUGCAAGUGAAUGUACCUCCACUACUUGGACUGAAGAGGUUCAAGAAAGUGCAUCACUGCCAUCUUCUCAAGGGGACCAGGGAUGGACAAUAACUGCUAUCUUGCCAGUGAUGCUUGAUACUGCACUUAAAGAGUAAAGUGCUGACAUAAACCAUCCUCCCUUCUUUCACCUCAUCUUCGAAAAUGGAAAGUGGUGUUUCAGCAAACAACUUGGUAACUUCUAAGGUGCUGAGUUCGACUAAAUUUUAAAUUGUCCAUGCAAUGUUGCAGCCUGACAAUAGAAACUGUAGAGGUUACAAUUUUUUUGAAGAGGAUAAACAAAAUAAUUCAUAUUUAUAAAAGGGAUAAGUGCAAUUGGUUGAGAAUACUCCAAUACAGUAUUAUUCUUUCUGUACAGGUUGUUUAAAGAUAAUCCAGUUUUACAUGGCCUUAUGAUUUAAUAGACUAGUUCUGCAGCUUGCCAAAUUAUUUAUCCCAAAUUUGAGGACCAGAAUUUAAUGGAAGCAGCAGUGAGCCCAUCCACAGGUAGAGAGCUGGUGAUAAUCUCCCUGUAACUAUUUCAGGGACCCCCUCAUCUCUGCCAGACUCAAUUUAACAUGAGUCAGGCAUUUAACUAGUUGGUGAUGGAGGCCUUGGUGUCUUUGGAGGUAAUUUCCUAUUUCUAAUAGCUGCCUACAAUUAGAUACCGUCAGCUCUCUAUUACUGGCAAUGCCAGUAGGAGUGUGGGCCACUGCCAGUACUACAGUAGGACCCAAGAACAGCAUCAUUUUGGAGCCCUGGAGGAAGGGUAAGUCAGGUGAGAUAACUGGGAUCAGUCAAAGAGACCCUGAUGAGGAGAAAUUUGUGAAUCGGUGGGGUGUCACUUUAAAGUGCAGAAAGGGGACUGACAUUGACAGACUGCUCCCAGUGUGGCUUUCUGUCAGGUAAGUGAGAGCAAAAUUCCCCUCAUGCUCCCUUCCUACCGAACUAAGUUUUUUGAGGAGCUGCUCCUAGUCUUUUCAAGGAUACAGGAUUGCUGACUUGUAGUGAAGAUAAGAAACCUGGGUGUGUCAUUUUACAGACUCCGAUGGCAGAGUCUCCACACAACACCACAGCACACACCAAAAACCUGCACCCCAUUCCUUUGCUGGUUGUGAACAAACAUUUCCCUGUGGACAGGGACUAACUGAGCUUCCCUAUUGUCAGCAUCACUAUCAUUCUAUGUACUGGUGGUAAUGUGACAUUGUUCAAUGGUUUGCUUAUACAUCAAGUUAACAAUUUUGUUCCAUUAUACAUUCUACAUCCUUACUUCUUUGAUUUGCAAUGUAAGUUGAAGCCCAAAUAAUCAAGAGAACCACAACUCACAAAGACUGUCACUUUUAUUUCACUCUUUUGUUUUGAGAUUAUUGAGGCAUGUUUCUGCCUUUUUGGUUGUGAGUUAUUUUGCAAUACCCUGGUACCAUAAAAGGUGCUAUGUAGAUGCCAGCAUUUUAUUUCUUUGUUUGUAUUUUAACCCCUUUGCUUUAUGUGACUGCUGCAAUGAUCUUUUCCCAAACAGCCUAAGUUUUUGUGGCCUCCCAGCCAGUAUUCCUUACUCACCCAAAUUAGUGGUCAUGUUUGUCUGGAUGAUAGAUACUUAAAACGCCCUUUGUGAGAUCUUAAAUUCAUUUGAAUGCUUUGAAGUCAGAAAAAGAAAGGGCUCUUCUAUCUGACUUCUAGACAAACAGAGCAAGCUUUCUUGGAUGAUAUAUUGUGAAAACGUUAAAAGAAAUUUAAUGGCGCUCAAACUUCCUUGAUUUAUAAUAAAAGUUUAUUCAAAA